UCCAACCAGAGCCACUGGGCAUGCGCGGGCGCUGUCCCCGCCCCGUCCCCGGAAGUCCCUGGUCACUGCGCAUGUGCAGUGUGCCCGCCAGCCGUUGGCAUCUGCCCUUUCCCGCGCUGGAGGCGUCGGUGGUGGGUGCUGACGCCCUGAGCGGGCUGUUUGAGAUCAUCUGUUUGUCUUCUCAUCAUUGAUUCUGGUGGUAAGCCCCAGAUUCUCUGCAUCUCUGCAUCAUAAAGGGAUGAUUGUUCCAUUAGACCUGUGGCUACUUUCUUGAAGAAGAAAGUCAUUAUGCUGAAGUCCAGAUGUGCUAACCUGUGGUGGGGCUAUAAGCUUUGAAUUCUUGUUCUCUAAGCUGAGAAGCGGGAGACUAAGUAAGAUUCCAGUGACUGCUCUCAGAGUGCCCAGGAACUGAGACCUGAAGCUGGUCAGUCUUGAAGGACCUGGAGGGAUUCCCAUCUCACUCUUGAGCUCUGAGAUGGCCUUGUCACAAGGUCUCGCCUUACCCACCACCUCUGUUCGUGACUCAGUGGAGUUUGAGACAGCACUGGCAGACCUCCAGGUGGAAUCUGGCUGUCCUAUCUGUCUGGAUUAUUUGAAAGAUCCAGUGACACUCAUCUGUGGGCACAACUUCUGUUACUCCUGCCUCAGUUUUUCCUGGAAGGAUCUAGAUGAUUGUUUCCCUUGCCCUGUCUGCCGAUUUUGCUUUCCAGAAAGGAACCUCAGGAAGAACCCCCAGCUCCGUAAUUUGAUUGAAGUUGCUCAGCUUCUUCAGAUCAGAAGGAGCAAGAGAAAGAGGCAGGAAGAAAGGCCUAUGUGUGAAAAGCACAAUCAAUUUCUGACCCUUUUCUGUGUGAAGGACCUAGAGAUUUUAUGUACACAGUGCAGUUUCUCUACCAAACACCGCAAGCACUACAUUUGCCCCAUUAAGAAAGCUGCUGCUUACCACAGGAAAAUCCUAAAAUGUAGCAUUGAGCCCAUGAAGAAUAAUGUGGAACGAGUUGGAAAGGUGAUAGCCCUGCAGUGCAGGAAAUCUGUGGCACUGAGGAAGAGGGUGAAACGCAGGAAACAGGAAAUACAUUGUGAAUUUGUGCAAAGUAGGCUGUUUCUACAGCAUGAGCAAGAGGUUAUUCUGAGACAGUUACGAGAUGAAGAGAUGAACAUUUUAGCCAAACUUCAUGAAAACAUUGUAACAUUUUCAGGGCAUGUUUCUACAUUAAAACAUCUGCUGAGGGAUGUGGAGGGCCAGUAUAUGAAGCCAGACUUGGAAUUACUCACCCAUGUCAAGAGUAUCCACCACAGAUAUCAAAACCUAAAACACCCUGAACUCUUCACAUUCAGUUUAAAGAAGUAUGGUUUUAGGCUUCCUGUGCAGUAUUCUGGCUUAGACAGAAUUAUUAAGCAAUUUCAAGUAAAUGUGAUUUUAGAUCUCAACACAGCGCACCCUCAUCUUCUUAUCUCUGAGAACAGAAAAGCUGUGCAGUAUGGAAGAACAAAGCAAAACGUUUGCUAUCACCCAAAGAGAUUUUAUCUGUGCCCUGCUGUCCUGGGUGCUAACCAGUUUAGUUCUGGAAGAUAUUACUGGGAGGUGGAAGUGGGAAACAAACCUAAAUGGACAUUGGGUAUAUGUCAAGGCUGUCUUCCUAGGAAUUGGCGGAAUCAGCCCUCAGUCCGAGAUGGCUUCUGGGCAGUUGGGCGAUGCACUAAGAGUGGAUGUGUUGCCUUGGGUCCCAGGAGAACCCAGCUUCUACCAGUAGCAGGGCCCAGGAGAGUUGGUAUUUUCCUAGAUUAUGAAUUGGGUGAGGUUUCCUUUUAUGAUAUGAGUGACAAGUCUCUUCUCUGUACUUUUCAAGAUUCUUUUACUGAAGCUGUUUGGCCAUAUUUCUGUGUUGGAACAGAUUCUGAACCUCUUAAAAUCUUACCAGUUCCAGAUCAUGAAAGAUAAAGAGCAUGGUGGUUAAUGAUUCUGUUUUAGUUAAUAGGGAUAACUUAGUAAAUUUUAAUUUUGUUAUUUCUGGAAUCCUUUAACAUUUUCCCACUGAAAACAAAAAUAGAUUUUUUCUCUUAUUUUCAGCAACUAGAGAAAAUGUGAUAGUAAUGUAAAUUUCAUAGAUGUUAUAAAUAUCAACUGUCAAGUUGUUUGAAUUCCAAUAUAAAAGAUUUGAAAAUUAACAUGCCCAAUAAAAUAUUUUGAUUUAUAAUGGCCCAUUAGAUUCUUUUUAAAAAUGAUGUCAGUCCUCUGAAGUUAUAUAAAUUGUUACUUAAAUGUCAUGCUUAUAUGUACGGACCUACUGUUAUGCUUACAUACAUGGACCUACUAAAUACUGGAUUCUUCUGUUUACCCCCAUAUAUAUCAUUAGAUGUUUCUGCUCUUUUAAUGUGUAUAUCAGUUGUCACGCUUGCCUUAUUUCUGUGGAAAAUAAAUUUUAAACUUGUAUACUCUUUUCCCACACACUUAAUACCUGUACAAAGCCAUAUUUCUGACUUCACGCCUACUUUUUAUAAAGAUUUAUUUAUUUGAAAGAGUUACAGAGAGCCAGAGGCAGAUAGAGACAGAGAGAGAGAGAGAGAGGUCUUCCAUCCACUGGUUCACUCCCCAGAUGGCCACAAUGGCUGGCGCCCUUCUGAUUGGAAGCCACAAGCCAGGAGCUUCUUUUGGCUCCCCCAUGUAGGUGCAGGGGCCCAAGGACUUGGGCCAUCUUCUGCUUUCCCAGGCCAUAGCAGAGUGCUGGAUCAGCACCAGGACUUGAACUGGUGCCCAUAUGGGAUGCCAGCACAGCAGGCGAUUGCUUUACCUGCUGUACCACAGCACCGGCCCCCACUCCUUUUAUUUUUCCCAUAACUUACUACUUCAGUUGCUAACUUCCUUGCCAUUUGGCUGUGGCUAUUCACCCUGAAAUGCCCCACCCCUGCUAUUUGCAAGUCUGACUCCCUCACCGUGUACUUUUGUUCAGAUUCCACGUUUCCCUAAGAUGCCUACCCUGGUCAGCCUGUCUCCCAUAGCUAACCUUCCCCUGCCCAUAGCACUCCCAUGCCCUUGACAUCUAUCUACUUUUUGUCUUGACCAUAGCAUUUGAUCAGCAUCCAACAUCCAACUCUUUAUUAUUUUAUUGUCUACUAUCUCUCCUUAAUGCUGCUUGAGGAGAAGAAUCUUUGUUUUGCUUGUCUUGUAUAAUUCUAGGCUGAUGGUAUUUGAUUAUUCAAUAGAGCAGAGUAAAAAAAAGUUCAGAACAGUAGGAAUAAAAAAAGAUCUUUAAAGAAAUACAAGCAACAGUGGUACCCAAAGUAUCAAAAGUGAGACUGGUUUCAUAUUUAUCAAAACCACCGUGUUUUCAAAAUUAUAAGGACGUCAGAUGUAGAAGCGUAUAUUUGGUUUAAUGAUCACAUAAAUAUGGGUAGAAAAGAAUCAUUUUCAGACAUGCAGAAUCCCUCAAACUUGACAACACUGCAACAUUUGAGAUGAUGACACUUGAAAAAAUAAAGAGGAAGGCAUAGGGUCAACCAGGAAAUCCAAAAGCAGAGAGAUCAGGUCCCAGAAUAGUGGUGAUUAGAAGGCUGAUAGCUUUACAGGCCUAAAGUAGGUUUUCCAGAUUGGAAUGUGACAGCCAGAAUGAUGCUCACAAGGGGGAAAAACCCUUAGAUCAAUUGGCCAUAUACUGAUAAAAACAUAAGAUAAAGAUAUAGGAGAUUGCAUAAUAUAAAAAGAGCAGAUGAACAGCAUGCAUAUGAAAAGGUAUUAGUAGAAGUGGGCAUUUGGCCCAUCUGUUAAGACUGCUGUAUCCUAUAUGAGUGCUGGUUCCAAUUCUGGCUGCUCCACUUCUGUUCCAUCUCCUUGCUAAUGGGCCUGGCAAAGCAGCAGAAGAUGGCCCAUUUGUUUGGGUCCCUGCCACGUGUGGGAGACUAAAAUGGAGUUCCAGGUGCCCGAUUUUAGCUGUUGUAGCCAUUUGGGGAGUGAACCAGCAGAUGGAAGAUUCUCUUCCCAUCGCCAACAUAAUUGUCUUUCAUAUAAAUAUU